AUGUUUGUGUCUGCGGCUCCGCCGACCAGCACGAAGCCGCUGCUGCCUGGGCUCUGGCGGCGGCGUUCGGGCGAGCUAGGCACGAUCAGCGAGGAGGGAGAGGGCGCGAGUGUUGCGGGGGCACAGAAGGAGUUUGUGCACGCGCCCGCGGAGUACGCGGACCGCGCGCGCGACGAGAUCCGCAAGCGCCUGUUGCAGGGGCGCGCCAGCUGCAGCAGGCGGUCGCUGGACCAGCGCUCCCUGGCGUCAAGCGCGGCGUCUGUGCAGACCUCGCUGUUUUCACACCGCAGCGAGCUAACCGAGGCGUCGUCACUGGAGGUGCAGACGGUCCUUGACGUACAGACGGUGGUGACACUGGAGCAAGCACUCCCAAAGAUGUUCUACGACAUGUAUGCGCCGGAGAUACUGAUGCGGCCGAAAGACUUGCUCCCGAACGGGCGGCCGAAGUUCACGAAGCGGGAGCUGCUGGACUGGGAUCUCAACGAUCUGCGCUCCCUGCUGAUAGUGGAGCGCUUGCGUGAGGAGUGGGGUGGCCAGUUACCUGAUAUUAUCUUCGAGAAGCAGCAGGGGGCGGAAAUGAUGCCGCAUUUCCGGUUUCAGCUGCUGAGGUUGGACUCGCCGGACGAGACCAUCAUCAAAACACUGGUUACAUCUGACAUAUACCUGGAGGCGAACCUGGACCCAGAUUUCAAGCUUGCCAGUGCCCAAUACACCGUCUCGACUGCGCGGAAGCGCCAUGCCCAGAUGAUAGGGGUGGACGAGCCGGUGAUGCGCCUGUCGAAGCCGGAAUGGCGGAAUAUUAUCGAGAACUAUCUUUUGAACCUGGCUGUCGAGGCUCAAUGCCGCUUUGACUUUCGUAACGCCUGCAUAGAGUACAAAAGGCGUAAACAGGAGCAAAGCAAGGCGGUGAUGCCGCCUCCGACGCUAAUUCCGCAGAAGUACAGCGGUUCGACCUCCCUGCUCAAGCGAGCGCUCAUUAGGGGGACUUACCAGCAACAGCGCCAGCGCCAACAAGAACAGAUAAAGAGGCCGCUAAAGGUCAGCUUAACAAAGGAAGAAAAGUCACAAAUAUGGUUGCAGUGCCAGGUUGCUGUAUACCAACGGCUGGGCCUAGACUGGACACCUGACAGAAUAUGA